AUGAAUUAGACAACCAGUUAAAUUUAGGGAGGGAACAACAACCACAUGAUGAACCAGGACUUCUCUAUGUUUUCAAUACCCUUUGACAACUUAGACUUUGAAUUUCUUAGUCCAUAGUUCGACUCAAACCAUUUCAACAUUGAGGAACCUUUCAGAAUGAGACUCGAUAGUGAAUACUUGUGGGAAGGAGAGGAGAUGAUGUACGAGGACAUCGUGGCUUCAACUUAGCCACUGAAUUAUAAUUAGCAUACCAUGAGAAAGAGAAUUGACGACUUUUAGUUUCACAUGUAGUACAUGAACCACUAAGAGCAGAUGGAAGACCUCGAGAUAACUCAACAAAUAGAGAUCAGACCCUACUAGAGCGAAUAGUAAGUCUGUCAAAACAGUUGCGGAAGAAAUCCAGAAAAUGAAGAGGAGUAGUUUGGUCUUGAUUCCACAAUCAUAUCUAACCUUGAUUUUAAUUAGUCGAUGGCACCCUUCAAUUAAGAUUUCAACUUCGACAUGCUAGAUCUUGAGUAACAGGAGCUCUCAUUCAUGAUGAGAAGUAUGACCAAUCCUUAGUUAUUAAUGGAGAAUGAUAUUCCAGAGCCUUUCGAGAAUCCUUUCUUAAUUCAAAAUUCCAUCUUUCAGGGAUAAUAAUCUAGUGAGGAUUAAUUUUCAUAAACUGCUAGUGAGGCAACUGAGAUUAAUCAAUCAUUACCAAAUCCAAUUCUUAAGCAAAAAAUAGUAGACACCUUAGAGGGAGUAGGAGACUAGACUGGCUACUUCGAGGAGGAGAGCAAAGGACCUAGUUACUAGCCACUAGGGGUUCAUGAGUACAACAGAAAGCGAGGGAUCUCGGAUGUAACUCAGACAAAAAACCCUCUAUCAGUAAAUAGUCAGGUAUCUUCUUCAGAGCGACAUGCUAAUACACACAAAGCCAAAAUUCCAAGAAAGAUUGCCAAGAAGGAUCAUGAGGAGAUCCACCAAGAAGAGGAGGUUAAGGAACCGUAAAAGAAAAAGAAAGUUGCGGUGACCUCUGCUCAUGAUUUGAGUGCGGAAGCUGAACAAACUUUUUCUCAUGACCAAACUUCAAACGAUAAGUACUACAAGAAAUUUGAUUUCUUCUACAAACGAACAUGCUUUAGACUCAUGGCUGAGUUCUACAAAUUAUUGUUCCAGCCAUUCUAAAAGCUUUGGAUUGAACAGAAGAAAAAAUCUGCUAUGUCUGCACUUUUGUAAUCUUUUGCCUCGAGACAUUUUGAGUCAACCUUGAGUAAACUACCAGCAAACAACAAGGUUGAGUUCGUUAAUAUUCUCAUGGCUGUGGUGCAUUCGCACAGACACAACAAAGAAGAUUCUUUUUUAUCUGAAAGCUCUGUUGACUUCAGUCUUGUUAGAGAUACUAUGUAUAAGUAUAGCAAGAAAGCUCAAGAGAGAUUUUUCUCAAUUCCUGUAUUUGCCUUUUUAUUUGCUUGGUUCGCCCAAAGUCAGGAAGGCAUGAAAUUUACCUAUCAAAAAUUCCAGCAAAAAGGUCAGGAUUACUUCAUUAGAAUUAAGACUGAGAUUGAGGAGUUGAAGGAUGAAGCUAUUUAGUGGCUCAAAAAGCAUGUGGCCGCUAAAGCUGACGCCAAGGCUUAAGUUCUAAUUAAGUAAUUGGAAUAAUGA